AUGUCCGACUCUUUCACAAGUUCCUCAUACUACUACAGUUCCACAACCAACGGCAACGACGGCCAGGCCACAACCGGUCAUCGCUAUUCAACAACCUCGCACACCGAGACCGACGGCACAACCAUCGUUCGUACGGCGCACCAGGACCUCGGUCAGCCAGCUAUGAUCGAGGAACGGCGGUAUGAUAGUACCGGCCAGGAACAGCUGGCGUUGCCGGAGCCUGUGAAUGCAGGCUCUACCUCUGGUUCGGGGUCUGGGGGUACAUCUGCUGGCGGCGUGCGGCGAAUCAUGGAUCUAGAGGAGGAGGAUGAUACGCCGACGCCGACACCUGGUCUUGUUUCGCAUUCGGGGCCUAUCCUUGCUGGUGGGGCUGCGGCACAGUUGCUUGAUGGGGAUGGGGAUGAUUUUUAUAUCGCUGUUCAGCCGCGGGAUAGUCGUGUUUAUGAUCCGAUGAUUGAUGCUUAUGAUCAGCUUGGAGAGUUUGACGUUGAUCAUGUUACUGGCCAGCAUCGGAGGACCAUUGGAAGGGGAGCCCGGAACGCCGAGUCGAGGCAGUUUGAAGAUCCUAGUACUGGGGCACGCAUGCCAAGAAAGUCUGGUUUUGACGUGCAUAAUGUUAUUUAG